AGCUAAAACUCAACAGCCCAAUUCAACACAGAGCUGACGUUAGCAUUGUCUCUGAAAUCCAGAUCCGAAAACCCAACAAUGGCGUCAGAGAACAACGGAUCCAGAUCCGAAUCCGAAUCCAUCACCAAAGCUGAUUCCACCGUCGUUGAAAUGCCGCCAUCGCAACCAAGGAAGAUAGCUCUGAUCACCGGAAUCACCGGCCAAGACGGAUCGUAUCUGACGGAGUUGCUUCUCGGAAAAGGCUACGAAGUUCACGGCCUGAUCCGUCGAUCAUCGAAUUUCAACACUCAGCGACUCAACCAUAUCUACAUCGAUCCUCACAAUGUCAACAAAGCUCUGAUGAAGCUCCACUACGCCGAUCUCACCGACGCUUCCUCUCUCCGUCGUUGGCUCGAUGUGAUCAAGCCUGACGAAGUCUAUAACCUAGCCGCUCAAUCUCACGUCGCUGUCUCCUUCGAGAUCCCUGAUUACACAGCCGAUGUAGUCGCAACCGGUGCUCUCCGUCUCCUUGAAGCCGUCAGAUCUCACACCAUCGACAGUGGCCGGAGCGUCAAGUAUUACCAAGCUGGAUCUUCGGAGAUGUUUGGGUCAACUCCUCCUCCACAAUCGGAGACGACGCCGUUUCAUCCCAGAUCUCCUUACGCAGCUUCCAAAUGCGCUGCUCAUUGGUACACAGUGAAUUACCGAGAAGCGUACGGUCUCUUCGCAUGUAACGGAAUCUUGUUCAACCACGAGUCACCUCGGCGUGGUGAGAAUUUCGUGACGAGGAAGAUCACAAGAGCAUUGGGACGUAUCAAGGUUGGUUUGCAGACGAAGCUCUUCCUUGGGAAUUUGCAAGCAUCAAGAGAUUGGGGAUUUGCAGGAGACUAUGUGGAAGCAAUGUGGUUGAUGUUGCAGCAAGAGAAGCCAGAUGAUUACGUUGUGGCAACAGAGGAAGGACAUACAGUGGAAGAGUUUCUUGAUGUCUCAUUUGGGUAUUUGGGACUCGAUUGGAAGAAUCAUGUUGAGAUUGACCCGAGGUACUUUAGGCCAUCUGAAGUAGAUAACCUUCAAGGAGAUGCAAGCAAGGCAAAGGAAGUGUUGGGAUGGAAACCAAAAGUAGGGUUUGAGACGCUGGUGAAGAUGAUGGUUGAUGAAGAUCUUGCGCUUGCUAAUAGGGAGAAACUGCUUGUUGAUGCUGGUUACAUGGAUGCUAAGCAGCAACCUUGAUUUGAUCUAGUAUACAAAGAGGGAGUUACAUUUAUC